CUCCAUUGCACUCCGCGACCGUCUCGUUUUUAAACACUUGAAAACCUUCUCCCUUUCCUUCACUCAAUUUCGGCUUUUCUCCGAUUCGACAAUGCAGAGGCAGCUGAGUUUGCUUGGUCACGUGCUCAAAUCCAACGGCUCCCGAUUCCCUAGACCGAAUCAAGGGUUUCUUCCUCCGCUGCGUCAGCUGCCGAGAAAUCUCUCGACCGAUGGUGGUACGGAAUCCAAAGAGCCUUCAUUCGAUCCGUUUCUUCAGUCUCCAACCAAAGGUUUGAUCUAUGGAAGGCUGACUGGCAUUGGAAAAAAUACACUGAAGACUGAUGUUAUCCAUUUUUUUGAGGGGUGUGGGUUGACUAUGCAGGAUAUUAAAGUUGAUUACAACAGGACUUAUGCUUCAUUCGGCAUGAUUUUGCAAUUUUCUUCUUGGACAGUCUUUGAUACUGCUACAAGGCUAAUCACAAGAAAAGGUCGUUUGUAUCGGUUAGAAAAGGUAGAUCGUGGGCAGUGGGACCUUCUCAAGUUCUACGAUGGGAAAGUUGUGUUAUUGCAAGGAGUACCUCGUAAUGCCCUACCAGAAGACAUAGAGCGCUUCCUGUCCGGCUGCAAUUUUGAUGCGUCCAGCAUUCAGAUAAUUGUGAGGCCAGGGUUUCCUGAUCCAUCAAGGUUCGCGCUGGUCCACUUUCCAUCACAGAUUGAGGCGAUGAAUGCCUUCCGUGUGAAAAACAGAAGCUUCUGUCUCAAUAAUCCCAUUUUGAUGCGGGUCCUUCAGUAAAUGAAUUCGCCUUUCUGGAUUUUUAUUAGUUGGGCAUUUGCUCAGGGCAGUGGCCUCAAAUCAUGUAUGUUUUUAAGGCCUACCAGUGGGAUCUGAAGGCUUAGUCACAUGCCGAUGCAUGUGAAUGCAAGCAUGGCUGAUUUUAAAAGGUCUCAGCAUCAACUUUUCUUAUUUUGUAGGAAGUGAAGAAGGUUGAUGAUAUUGCUUGUCAUGUGGAAGAUUAGAGUUGA